AUGGUCCCGAGUCGGACGACGGGCUGGCUGGGCCCGACGUUGGCUCUUUGCCUGCUGAUCACGGGCACUGAGACCAUCUCGAAGAACUUCGUCAACAGUUCCAUGCCCGAAAUGAGGCCCACAUUCGUUGUCAACUUCGAUAUGGCAACUGUUAUUUGUCAGCACAGCGAAGACUCCACAGAUCUACAUUUGCACGAGAUUAGCGUGCUUUGUGACGGGAAAAACGACUGCUAUCAGAAUCCAGCGAUGCAUGACGAGAGUUUCCCCUAUUGUGAACGGAAAUGCAACUCGACGUGCAACGAUCGUGGAGCAUGUUUGUACGAUGGAGAAAAGCCGCAAUGUUACUGUAACUCAGGUUUCUCGGGACCCACAUGCGAAAUCGUUGACAAGAACGAAUGUCAUGACAAACCAUGCCACUGGUUAGCACAUUGCCAGAACACUGUCGGCUCCUACGAAUGCGCUUGUUUCCCAGGUUUUCAUGGAGACGGUUAUCAAUGCGCAGAUAUCGACGAAUGCUCAAUGAGCAGCUACAAAUGUCCAGAGAACUCCGUCUGCGUCAAUCUACCUGGAACCUACUUCUGUAACUGUACAGAAGGCUUUGCUCCUAAGGGCCUACCGCUCGAGAAAUGUGCUGACAUCAACGAAUGUGAGAUGAAUCUUCACAAUUGCGAGCCAAGUCAAAUGUGUCAAAACACGGUUGGUGGUUUCAAAUGUGUUGAUCGCUGCUCGGAGGGUUACGAGUAUGUGAACGGCGAAUGCGUUGAUAUCGACGAGUGUCGCCAGGAGAAUGUUUGUGAUCGUAGAGCUGAAUGUAUAAACACUCCGGGAGGCUACGAGUGCAAGUGUGAUUCUGGUCUUGCUGGAGAUGGAAAGCACUGCUCUCCUAUCACCGACUGCAGUCAACAAGAAGACAUCUGCGAUCGACACGCAUUUUGCAUCAAAUCGCUGAAAUUGUGCAUAUGUCAGACUGGAUACGUUGGGGACGGGAUCACUUGCAACGACGUGAACGAAUGCAACUCGAUCGCAAACCCUUGCGAAAAUCAGGAAGGUGAUCGUUGUGUUAACAUCAAAGGCGGCUACAUCUGCUGUGACAACGAUGUUGAUGACGAAAGAUGUAUUCGAGACAAAGGUGCAUUCUGUGCUGGAGGGUGUGGAUUGCAUGCAGUAUGUUUCAAUCAAACUUGCCAAUGUAUGGAAGGAUUCAUAGGAAAUCCACACACGAGAUGCAUAGAUGUUAACGAAUGUGAAUCUAAUGAUAUGUGCGCCGGUGUGGGACAAUGGUGUGUAAAUAAGAUGGGUGGACACAUUUGCUGCUCUUCGGAUAGUGAAGAGCCGGAAUGUCAGGGUGUGCAUGUAUUUAAAACACAAGAUGGCGAAGUACUGCUGCAGUACAACGAGUCACUCGGUGACGUGGUAGUCCAGCACGCUGGGUCGUACUCACACAACACCUCUGGAGGGACGUUUAUCACCAGACAAGGACUACUAAAAGGCGAGGGCCUGUUUCCAAGUGUCAACGUGAACAGGAAGAAUGAGUUGAUGUGCACUUCUUACUGCCCGGGGCAGUCUGAAUGCAUAGAUGGAAUCUGCCGAUGUGUCAAAGGAUUCGGUGGAAAUCCACUGUUCGGAUGCGAAGACAUCGACGAAUGUGUUACGAACAAUCCGUGCUCCGCAGAUCCUGAUACUUGGUGUGUUAACACUAUUGGGGGCUACCACUGCUGCACUCCGGAAAGCACAGACACGGAUUGCAUCGGACUAGAAAUUGCUGCUGGUCCUGACGGUGGACUUCGGCUAACAGGCGGAAACCGGGAAUCCUUCCUGGCCUCAUCACUGAAUGAAAGCUUCUCUGGAGAAACAGUAUCUCAGAGUGUCCAUGAGGUUCGAAAUUUCUCGGCUGGUGAGAUCCUAAUCGUCAAGAAUAAAGUGAAAAGCGCUGUCUACGAAGUGAAACCGAAGGAAGGAGAAGUUGGCUUAGAAAUUAUUGGAGAAAGCAAAGCAGCCACAGAAAAACAUCCAAUUCCGCCGGCUAAAACAUUCCCGAUUGAACUAACGACAGUAGCGACUUUGCUGACAGUGACACUCCCGGGAGUUAUUUCCACACUGGGAGGUGCUUCAACAUUCACGACAUCGAUUCCUAUCACCGAGAUUCCAAUUCACCAAGGCCUUCCAGAUGAACCAGUCAAAUCUGGAAAUGGUUCCGGCGUGCUUGAACUUGAUGCUCGUGGUAUCGACCUUAUCGGCGAUCAAUUUAGAAGAACCAGUGUCUUACCUACUUUCACAUCUCAUGAAUCUUCUGGGGAAGAGCCGAAAGACUCGCACGGUUACCUACACAGAUCUACAACGUUAAACAAACAGCAUGUUUCUGUCACAAGUCAAGGAGCAGGGGAAUCCACGGAUCGGCCCAAUAUUGAACAACUGGGUAGGUCGGAAGCACCUAAAGACGAAGAUUUUGUUGUGCACAACACCACCUUCUCCGCAAUUACGGAUGCCGUCAAUGAGGUGGAAAUUUCUGGUGAGCAGAACUGGAAAACAAUCGGAGAGAAGAAGCCAGGUUCAUCAAGUGUGGAAGUUGACAGCGGGAAAACAUCAGAUUCUACACAUUCUAUUUCUGCCGCAACUUCUGAGAGUAUUACUAAACAAAGUUCUGCUGGUGUGCCUUCCGACGAAGCAGGUCGUGCCACUAAAUCGUCCAAAGUUCCUUCAAUCACAGUAUCUCCGUUAACUCCUUCUGGCACCCAGAUAUCAGGAAGUGGUGAAACCAUCCCGACAACAACAAAUCCCGUAGAUUCUGGUGAGAAUGAAGUGGGUUUAGAGAUCUCGUUUGUGCCAACAGGAAAACCGAAGACAGAAAAGGAGUCCGGAAAACCAAAGAAAAUCUCCGUGGAUGAAGAAGGAUCAGGAGACGACAAUGUAGGAAGUGUUGUUAGUAAUGGCGGAAAUGUUGUUAUUACUGUUUCCACAGCUACCAAAUCUCCGGACAAAGUGGAGACCGCUACGAGAUUUUUGGAAAAAGGGGAAGUAGUUUCAAACGAAAAAGGAUCAUUCGGCAGCUUCACCGCUAAGGGCGAAGGACUUACUGCUGGCUCACCUAAAGCUCCUCACACAGGAACUGAAAUUACUGAGGAACCAAUCGACGGCGACGACGUAGGACUUGAAAUAAUUCAUAACGGUGCAAGAGCUACUCCAACUCCUCAGGUUGAAGUUGGUCUAGAAAUCGGUCCUGUACACAAGAGCACCGCUACUCCAGACAGUCCUAACAUUAUUACUGAUAAUGAGCCAGGCGAUAGUCAAGAAACAGUGGACUUGAACAGACCAAUUAAGAAGACUACAAAAGUCCCCAUUACUACUCAUACAGAAGUUACUGAAGGAGCCGGUGAGAAAGUCACUACAGAAAGUAGCUUUGAGGAUACCAGCGGUUCUUCCACGACUGAGAGUGCAUCGCAGGAGACCACCGAAGCCUCUGGCGAUGCAUUCUCAACAUCUUCGGAGCCUAGCAGCUCCACAGAACAGCCUGAUCUAGUCCUUUCUAUGGGAACACCACAAGGUGGACAUCCCUCCUCAUCUACCUCCAACGGUGAGGAGUCAACUACUGGUCAACCUAGUCUCGUUUUAUCCACGGGAACGACAGCAGAAACUUCUAAGUCACUAUCCACCGCAUCGCAAGCAACCACAAGUACUGUAAUUGGAAGUACUGAGGAGACAACCUCAUCGGUCUCCACCCCCACCAGUGCACCUAAGGAUGGUGUAUCUACAGCCACAGCAACAGGAGCAACAUCCAAUCCCAGCGUCCCUGAAGUUGACGUCGACGAGACUGAAGGAUCGGGAAUUGGAAAGGAGGAUUCCAAGCCAGAGAAAGAAAAGACAACGAAGUUGUUAUCGAGCUCAGAAGAAGGAACAAGUACAACGCCGAAGGCGGAGCUUCCCGCAACUGUGACGAAUAUCGGGGAUGGUAGCGGCGAUGAGGUCGUCGUUCGUGGCGGAAUAAGCAGCACAACUACUCCCGCAGCUACGUUGCCCACUAGUGCUGUUACUUCGGCUGAAACGACCGGGGAAACAGUUGCAACUUCUUCUGAUGCUGCAACAGUUUCACCUCUGCCGUCAACCGGUCACAGUGAUUCUCCUGGACAAAAGCUUCACUCUUCUCCACUGCCAAAAGUUACCAAGUCUCCUGAGACUAGCGACAAAGACAUCAUUAAGCCGAAUGCUGAAUCCCAACGAUCGCCUAGACCGGAAGUUACAAAAACUCCUACCACAGUACCUUCCCCAACGAGCGAAGGAGGCGCUGAAGAAAAUGCGACUACCUCUGCACCUGUUUCCACAGCUCCCUCAACACACUCGUCAUCCUCUUCUACUAGCAACAUACCAAAGGACUUAGGUACUCCUUCGAGCACUGAAACUUCACCAACGACAGCACUGCAACAGACAGAGUCGAAAUCUUCUGGAGGGACAUCUACGACCACGACUUCUGGACCCUCUUCCUUUGCUUCCUCUACACUCAAAGAGACAAAAUCAUCAACAGAGAGCCCAUCGAUUUCACCGAACCCAACCACAACACCACCAGAAUCGGUGUCUGCUGGAGUUGGAACAGGAGCCACUACAGAAGGAGCUGCAGAAACAGUAACUGCAAAAGCUGAUGACAUAAACGCUGUGCAAUCAACGACAACAGCCCCUCAAACAGAAGUUACGAGUGGGACCCCUCUGACACUAGCCAAAACAUCUGAUUCAUCCACAACUCCUAGCUUUACUAGCGAAACAGGAUUGGUAAGCACUAGUCCGACUGCAAAGGAAGCUACUACCUCUACGGCUCGAAAUGAAGAUCUUACUGGAUCUUCUCCACCUUCCACCUCUCCUGCAAGUGAAGAAUCUUCACCAACCAAAUUUAUAGAAAGUAAGUCGAACAGUGCUUCACCUCUCGAGUCAUCUGCUGCAAGCACCACGCCUGGAAUUGGAACAAGAGCCGGCUCAACCGUCUUCAGCUCAAUAAAAACCUCAACAACCACAUCAAUAGAUGUCCAGGGUGAUCUUGGCACAACAGACUCAUCUGGUGUAACAACGACAAGUACUUCCGAUUUCGAGAAGACAGGAUCAACGAGACCAGGGACAGAUACACCAACUCCGGACAUUCGCAAUCAAACACAGAGUGAGUUCACAACGAGUUCCAUUCCUAUUGAGGCCGACACAUCUUCCGCAGCUCCUGCCUCGACGCUAUCAGUAAGCUUGAGCACAAAUGGACUUGCUUCGGAGAGUCAGAAGGAAAGAAAUAAUUUGCCCACUACAACUCAAGAGGUGGAUAGAACAUCGACGACAGCGAUAGAACACACUGAUGAAACGACAGAGUCAGGUACAAGGCAAAACCUUGGCUCUAGCACCACAAGCGUAUUGCCGAGUUCAACAUCAGCACCAGAAGCUCGAUCUACUUCUUCAAGUUCCUCUGAGCAGUCGCUCAACCUAACGUCUGAGGGGAUCAGACCACCACUCAGAACCUCUCCAACGAGGAAACUGCUCAAGACUACAACUGAACAUCCGACAGCUGCAGCUUCAGUGAUCCCUGAGCUCAUAGAGGAGAUUGAGAAUCAGGAAGGACAAGAGAGGAAGCACACAACUCCGCAAGCAGAAAUACCAAUGACGCAGAGUUCAUCCACUGUGCGAUAUGAUUCAACUCCAGACGAUACUAUCAGCGAUGCACGUCUAUCGACACCUAAACAGAAUCGGGCUCCCGUUACUCAAGGAAUCGAUGAGACCGAAGAGGCAACGACUGAGGUUUCAACCACGAAAGACACAUUCAUUCUGACUACUCAAACCACACCGCCUGUAGCUGAAAUGGCAAAACCACAAAAUGCACUAGUGGAGAUCAAUGUGGCAGCGAUGCAUACUGUGAGAGAAGAACUGGCGCUUGCCGUUGUUAUCCAGGAUGUGGACGAAUGUGCAGUGGGUCUUCACAAAUGUGACCAUAGUGCUAGAUGCCAUAACUAUGUUGGUGGAUAUGCAUGCUUCUGCCCUAUGGGAUACAGGAAAUCUGAACAUGGGAAAUGUGUUGAUAUCAAUGAAUGCAUCGAGUCAAAUGGAGCGUGCUGCAGCGUAAACGCCACUUGCAUCAAUAAGCAAGGAUCCUAUGGAUGCGUAUGCAAAGAAGGUUUCUUUGGAGAUGGUUAUAAAUGCAUGCCGGUUGAGAAACGUGGUUGUACCGAGGCUGAAUGGUCGGUGGCGAAUUGCGGAAAGAACCAUAUGUGCAUGGUGGACGCAAAGGGUAACAAGGAUUGUGACAUGUGCAAAAUGGGUUUUGAAGUCAAGGAUGGAGAAUGUGUUGACAUCAACGAAUGCACUGAACCCACGCUGAACAUGUGCGACAGGAACGCUGUUUGCAAUAACCUCAUGGGCACCUAUGCAUGUCAGUGCAAGAAGGGCUUCAGAGGCGAUGGGUACAUGUGCGAAGAUGAAGAUGAAUGUCUCAUGAUGCCGUGCCACCCUCAGGCUGAAUGUAAAAACACUCCAGGAUCAUACGAGUGCCGGUGCCCAGAUGGCUUCGAAGGAGACGGUGUAAAGUCGUGUAUGAAUCCACUGGAGCAGAGCUGCAUGGAAAUGGAAAAAUUCUGUGGUCGAACAAAUCACACUGCUUGCUUAUCUGUGAGAGUUUUUGACGGAUCCCUGACAAGCAUUUGCGAAUGCGAGCCAAAUUACCGUUACAAUGAAGCAACCAAGCAGUGCGAAGACAUCGAUGAAUGCGCCGAAAAUAGACACAACUGCGAUCCAGCAUCAUCUGUCUGCGUCAAUGAAGACGGCGGAUUCCGAUGUGAAUGCUCCGAAGGAUACGAAGGGACCGGAGGUGUCUGUGUCGAUGUCAACGAAUGCGAACGUGGAAUUGCUGGCUGUCACAGCAUGGCAAUGUGUAUCAACCAACCCGGCAGCUGUGGAUGCAAAUGCAUCCAAGGGUUUACCGGUGAUGGUACACACUGUAAUGCUAUGGGACGUGAAGUAGACAACGCCUGCACUCCGGAAUGGCAGCGAUUGUGUAAACUCGAGAACAAAACUUGUCAUAUAGACGAGGAAGAAGUCCCACAAUGUGGAUCGUGCAUCGAAGGGCAUCAACCGAUUAACGGAACCUGCCAACCUGUUCACAAUGGCGGAAAUUGCGCCGAUCCCUCAAAGAAUACGUGCGACGUGAAUGCUGAAUGCAUUGAUGUUCAUCCAGGACGUCACUUCUGCACAUGUAAAAUCGGUUAUAUUGGUGAUGGAAUGCGAUGUGACGGUCCAAACUGUCACUUGGAUUCCCGACUCUGUCACAAUGAUGCCGAAUGUUUAGCAGAUGGCAAAUGCAAAUGUCGUUCUGGAUUUGAAGGAGAUGGCAUCGAGAAUUGCACGCGAACAAACAUCGCCACAUCUCAUCCCACUGUUUCGGCUACAACGGAAACAACAACAUCAACCAUUUCCAGUCCUACUACCACAAAUGGAACAAAAGGCUCAAUUGUGCCAAUAGACGAGAAAGAGGUUGUUGAACUGAUUCCUGGUGAAACGAAGCAAAGACAAACAACGACGUCGGAGCAUUCUAAGACGACGAUCCAGCACGGUAAGGGAGGGUCUGACUCGAAAGUCACUACAGAAUUUCAGAGGUCCACAAACAAGCAGAUUCUUCCAGUCACUACCACAUCACAAGUGCACCACAGUGCAUCCACCACCACCACUGAAUCCAUCACUGAAAGCACACAAAUUAGGUCCAACACUACACAGACCGAUGUCAUUGAGACUGGAACGACAGGUAUUGACGAAAUGUCGAUAACUGCAACCCCGAUAACCACAUCAGAUAACCUGAGUGAUGGUGCUACAAAACCAACACAGUCCGUCAGUACUAAUCAACCUCAGGAUUCCACUCACAUCACUUACGAAUCUACGGAAGUACCUCGAAGUACACCAUAUGUUUUUGAAGUCACUAACUCACUUGUUAUUUUGCAACCAAGCACAAGCAGACCUGAUGAGGAGAAAACUGGUAUUUUCUCUUCCUUGCAGCCUUUUGAGUCAUCAUUAACCACUGAAGACGUAGACGUGGAUAUUUCAAAGGUGUUCCAAAGAAUGUCUGCAGGUACCACUUCAUCUCCACCAGAAACAUCCACCUUGGCAACAUUAGAAUCAUCUUCGUUAGAUACAGCAAAUAUGACUCCAGAGUCUCUUAAAACAUCAACAGAGUCGGGUUUUACUGUCGGAUUGAAAGCGAACGCUACGAAAAUUAGAGAGGACGAGACUUCCUCUUCACCUCUUUCUGUUGUUACAUCCCAAAGUCUCUCUUUUAGCACAUUAAAUUCUCUCAGCACGACUAAUGUGACGCCAAGUACCACUAAUAUUUCCUCUGAAACCUCUCACAGUGAUGCCUUAUCUACUGUUUCGACCAAGUUCCCAACCGCUUCCCUAACACCUUCAACAAGCGAUCUCGUAACCGUCGUAGAUGGCGAUGAUGUGCUUUCGAGUACGGAAUCUGACAACGAGCCACCGGUUCACAUAAGCGAAACUACAGUAUCGGCAGAAGACCAAACUCCAAACAUCUCCAGUGAGAUUCUUAUAAAAAAAACCACAUCGGCGACCAAGAUGGUAGGAGAGACUGUGAAGGGAACCCCAGCAACAUCUUCAGGGUCCCACCCUAGCACUGUUGAGUUUUCAACAACGACAUCGAGUGUUGAAGAAUCCUCGAUCAAAUCAACAGGUGCAGCUACUGUGGAGUCUCCGAACGCCACGAAGUUGAGUUCAUCAGGUGAGACCACCAUUGCAACACCUGAAGGGUCGACUCAGGAAGUCGCUGAUAAUAGGAGUUCCCCUGAUACUUCUUCAGAGGAACUGUCGCAAACGGGAUACACAGAAAGAGGAGUGAAUAAGGAGAUCACUGAUGCCUUUUUCCUCUACACUGGAACUGCACAAACCACUGGGUCCACUACUCAAGAAUCAAGCGGAUUUUCAGAGAAUUCUUCUGGAGAGAUCGCAGAGACUACUUCAGCUGCAGAAUCAAGCUCUCGUUCUACUACAGUGUCGUUUGAGCAAACCAAAACCUCAAUCGACACAACAUCACAAUCUCUGCAAUCCACUGCUUCAAAAUUUUUGCCCACGACUUCGCCGAAAGAGUACGCCACAUCUGAUGUCACUACCACGGCAUCAGGAGAGCUUACAGAAGAUGUAGAAACAACACUAUCCUUUGAAGAUGCAACAGGCACGACUGAUAGUUCUGAAACUGGUCGAACCGAGGGCAUAAGUGAAACAGCGACCUUAUUUGAAGGUUCCGGAAUUACGGACAAGCCCAGUUUAGAGAAAUCCACCGCAGAGGGAACAAUUUUAACUGAGGAAGCAUCUCACAAUACAGAAACUACUACCUCUCAAAGAAAGUCCACAGACACCACCUCGACAAGAAACAGUGACAAAGGGACUAGCGCGUUUGAAACCCAAUCACCGGAAGAAACUACACUCAGCGAUCUGGGCACAUCUACGUCACUUCACGAAGAAACGGUGACUUCAGCGACGCCAAUUGAGUCAACCAUUGAAACUGCAUCUAGGAUAGCUGAUGAAUUGGCAGCCAGUACUACCGCUGCAACGGUAGCAUCUGAGUCUUCUAAUACAUCAUUCGUUACCAGUGCUUCUAGUUCCGUUACAACAGAAAAAUCUGGGACUAUAACAGUCACCCUGGAUUCCUCAGGUUUUUCUGAACCUUCCACGAAAUCUUUGGAGAAUCCAAAUAGAACUCAAUGGACGAGUAGCAGUGGAAUAACUGAUGCCACGCAUUCUCUCUCACGUUCCCCCAGUCGAAUUACAGUGAAACCGAUGUCGAUAGAGACUACUCGCAGUACUGAUGAACCAACCUUUACGGUCACAAGAGACACUGACAUCUCAGGAUUCGCUCAAACAACUGAGGGAACAGCCAGUACUACAAUUUCAUCUACAUCUCAAAGUACCUUAACAGUCUUCGGAACCGUGACCGCCUCAAGUAGUCAAGACAAAAGCAGAUUGUCUACCGAAAGCACUACAGAGAACCUGCUAGAAUCUUUGAGCUCAACGGAAUCUUCCCUUUACGCUAAUUCCACUGAAGCUCCUAACACCACUAGCACCCCAACUGAGAUAUUGCACUUUUCAAGCACAAUUGGGUCAACCUCAAUACUAUCAGAACAUUCACAUGUUCCUUCUGGAAGUCGUGAAGCAACGGAAGUGACAAAUCCGAAGGAUACUGAUGCAACCACUGUUGAAAACACAAAUACUUCCCCCGUCUCGUUUUAUACCGCGACGGUCUUGCUCAGCGAUCGCACUACUGCUCCUCUGGAAGAAGCAGUCACUGGUAUUGAUACUACCGUCACUUCCAUAACAUUCACUAAGACUACCGGAACUAUCAGUGAUGCCUCAUCAGAAACGUCCGGGUUCCUGAACACGGACGGUGUUAAGACUACAAGUACACCUGAGUCCACGACCAGGGUUCCUUCAGAGAAUGAUAGACCUAAAGAAUCAUUCACAUCCGGAAGUUUUGUAAGUAUAACCACGCCCUCCAGUACUUUGGAAACCCUUGAUAGUUCUCCUAGUUCCCCAGAAAAUGCAACCCUACCACAAGAGCAAACGACUGUACUAUCUUCCGAAACUACCCGCGAUCUCACCGCAGAUGUAAAGGGAAGCAGUGAUAUUCAGUCUACUGGAGUAACUGAGCCUAUAUUUACAACUACUGAGGACACUAAAGUUUCUUCAGGUAAAGAAGAGAUUGUCACAAGCACACUGAGGAAAAGUACAGUAACAUUAACACCUUCAGAGAGUUCUCCAGGAACAGGUAUAACUGAAAAACCAGAUACAUCAAAACUUCCAGCACUGGUCACUUCCGUUGGUGACAUGUCGAUGGGUACUGACGUCGCUUCUAGUUCAUCUGGAGAAGCCACAACCUUACCUCCCACACUAAGCAAAGGCCCUGGAACAUUAGAACCUUCGGAGAGCUCUUCAGAAACAAGUGUGACGAAAAAACCUCAUUCAUCUAAACUACCGGAGCUGAUCACUGGUGCACCUUCUGUUAGUGACAUCUCGGUGGGCACUGACUUCGCUUCUAGUUCAUUUGAAGAAGCCACAACCUUAUCUCACACACUAAGCAAAAGCCCUGCAACAUUAGAACCUUCGGAGAGCUCUUCGGAGACAAGCGUGACGAAAAAACCACAUUCAUCUAAACUACCAGAGCUGAUCACAGGUGCACCUUCUGUAAGCGACAUCUCGGUGGGUACUGGCGUUGUCUCUGACUUCUCCAAGGGAACCACAACAGUACCUAAACUGGUAGCCACAUCCUCUUCAGUCCACAGUGAGAGAAGUUCUAGUGAUAGCUGGGAAGAUUUUGGAAGCAGUAGAUCAACGUCUUCUAAGCUUUCCUGGAUAUCUGAUCCAACGUCCGAAAUGUCAAGAGAAUCGACCCUUGUACCUACCACUACAACGUUUGAAGGAUCGGGAAUUGAGCUUGUUGAUGAAAUACUGAGUACAGCUGGCCAGCAUCCGCCGAGCGAAACUACCGUGGAUUCCUUACUUCCACAUGAGACACACAGCCGUACUGAGGGCAUAACAAUUGACAAAAGUACACAGGUGUCAAAAUCAAGUGCUUCUACAGAACUGGCAAUAACUAGUAGCAUCGCUUCUACUACCAUAGAAGAGAAGCGAACAAGUACCGAGAAAACAGCGUCCAGAAGCACUCCUGAAAUAAUCACAGGAACCAUAUCCGAAAGUCCAACUCCCUCAAGUUUUGGUAUCACAGAUAAUGAAACAUUUAAACUUAUCCCAUCCGAAGCCUUCACCAUUGGAAAUAUGCUUGGUUCAACAGUAACUACCUCGUCCAAAUUAAACACUUUAACCUCAAACCGUCACGUCACCACCGAUAAGAACAUCACCAUCACUAUCACCAGCAAUGGAGUCACUAGUGAUAUCAAAGUCGCCACUGCGAGCACCGCUCAAGCUGCAACUACUCUACCAUCGCAGUCAACAAAGCCAGCCGACGAGCCGCAACGAUCCACUUCCCAGACCACAGAAGGUGAACUAUCAACCACCGAAACGAACACAGCAGUGUCACUUGCAAGACUCCCAUCCAGUGCUUCUUCCUCUUCCACCACAGAAAUCCCAUCAAAGAGUUCCAGCGUUGAAGGGGUUUCUAGCACUUCGGCUGGAACAGUUGAAGCAUUCAGCACCACCACUGUUUCUGGCACCAGUCACAUCGCCAGCACGUCUUCUGAAGCAAUCACUACUUCGGCUUCCGAAAAAUUCGGUAGCACCAGCACCAUCUCGAACAUUCUGUUCUCAUCGACUCAUGGUGAGGAAACUGUUUCUAGCACAACAUUCAGCACUGCACGUAGCACCACAAAUUUGACGCACGCACCUUUGGACAGCACUGAAGCACAAACAUUUACAAGCACCACUCCGAUUUUAGAAGAAUCUUCCACAAUUUCUUCUCUGCCAAAAGUUUUUGAAAGAGAGAGAACUUCGCAGAAUCCAGAAACUUUUCCAAGAGUUUCACAGGUAACGCAUGGUUUUCCUACUAACUUUAUCACUAUAGACAACGAUCUUGAAAAGACAACACCAAGUACAACAGCCCAAUCUGUUGUCCUUGAGUUUCUGACACCGGAUGACAAAAACGAUUUGAAAAUCAACGUCCCUUCUAGUGCUGGAACAAGAGAACCUAAACUUACAUCCUCUCAAAGUCCUACACCUCAGCAGGAAGAGUCCUCCUCGACUCCUACAGAGGACGAAAAGUCCCCUACCACUAGUAUCGAUGUUAACGAAGCUACAACUCUUUCUCCAUUGCCAGAUGUGAAGAAAGAGUCGACUACACCAAAAAUCUCAACUAAGCCUAAAGAUGCCGACUCCAGUGGAACAACAGAUCGUAACCCCAUCAUGUCGCAAAUAACAACAGUGCCAUUGGACAAGAGUACAUUGAAGGAAAUAUCCACGUCAUUCUCCGUAUCGCCACUGAUAGCUUCUUCUUCCACGUCUAGGAGUUCCACCGAAUUAACUUCGGAACCAGGCAUCUCUGCUCAAACCACGGAUCUUUUGUCAUCCCCAUCCAUUAACCGUACAUCAAAUACCACAACAGAAGCAGGUGAAUCACAUUCCGAGCGUGUAACAACACCAGGACAAGAAACUUCACCAAAUGAGUCAACUGAGGCUACAGCACCCAGCACAGCUUCCAGAAGUUUUGUGACAACAAGCAGAGACGCUACAAACGCCACCCCGCCAACUACCUUAACUGUAACUGUUGAAAUUGAGUUACACAACCAGUCGACCUCAAAGGCAGACGUAACAUUAGAGGAAAAGACCACUACUUCUCACAACAUAAAUUUACCGGAUAACCCAGAGAAAACAAUCGAAAAAACAGAAUCUUCACCUAUGACAACGCAACCGACAAAAAUAAAAACUGAUGUAUCAACACAACCAAAUCAAACCAAAGCAAAUGAUGUCACAAAAGAUGAUUUUGGAAUGGUAACAGAAUCAUUUGUGCCAACCAGGACCAGUUCAAGUAGUGCUACUACAUUAUCAGAAAUCGAAUUGCUACCAAAACCUGAUGAACUUGUCCUCAUAGAUGGUCAGAUUAAAGUAAGACAUCCUAAUAAACAGACGAAACUCCCAGUCUUAUCCACAACGAGUAUUAAUGAACCAAAUGUGGGAGAAACUAGCCCAACAACAGAACCAGUCCCUAGUUCUUUUACAGUACUUUCGACGGGUGAACACCCAGCAUCCUCUCAAACAUCUGUACAGACUACUUUGAAAAACGAAAUGAGUACGGAACAAACUAUCACAACAAACAGCAUUAGUGAGAACUCAACGGGUAGCACAUUCAACAUAGGGACGACAACACAGAAAGCACUACGAGAAGUUACAGCUACAGAGCUUAAAACAGAAACAACAGAAACAGCACCAGUACCACAGGAUUUGGCCACUGUGGACUUUGAAAGUCUCAGCCAAUCAACAAAACUUACAACGCAUACACCUACUAAUGAACCCGAUAAAGGUAUAUUAAAUGCAGAGACAAAAGCAAAGUCGACAGUACGACCUCAGAAAGAGCAUUUGAGCACAUCGGAACCAGAUGAAGAUCGGAUAUCUGAUCUGAGCACCACGGAAAGAACAAAAACAUCAACUUCCCUUCCUGAGGAAGAGAAAACAUCCUCCACAAGCACAGAGCCGCUGCGAGAAAUAAGUGGCGACAUUGUGGCACGUGCUCCUACCAGCGCUAAAUCAAAUAGCACCACAUCCCCUAAAAGUAGUAACGUGGUGCCAGAAUCUCUCACGACUCGGCCAGACGAAAUAAAGACCACAGCAAAGCCAGGUGGUGAAGAACCUCCUGUAACAAUACAAGAGGAGGCAAAAACAACACAAGAGCCAGGUGAAAUUGAUAGUCACAUAUCUACUGUGACUGCAUCAGAAGAAAACCACAGUACAACAUCUGGUGAUCUAAAACCUUUAGUGACGGAACCAGGAGGAGAGGAGACGACGUCAAACACAGGUGUGCCCGGAACUUCACAGUCUUCUUUGAUGGGAGCAAGAAGAGAGGAGAUAACACCGAAGUCUAGUGGACCCAGUGGUCCAGAAAAUUUCGUGACAGAGCCAGAAGAAGAACAAACCACAUCGGCGCCUAGUCAACCUGAAAGCCAAGAACCUUCUACACGUGCACUCAUUCCAGAAGGGGAAGAUACUACACCAAUGUCUGGUGGUCCAGAAUCUUCCGCGACAGGACGAAAUGAAGAACAGACCACACAGUCCGGUGAUACUGGAGACCUCCAAUCUUCUCCGACGGGAGGACAGACUACUCCAGGGACUGCUCAUCCAGGAAGUCGAGAACCUUCUGCUGAAGAUCUUGGAACAGGAAGAGAGGGGACAACACCAAAUACUGCACGGGAAGAGGAAACUACACCCAACCCUGAUGGUACAGAACCUCCUGGCACAGAAUCAGGAGAAGAACAGACCACGCCGAAUUCUGGUAUAACUCGUGGUGAACAACUUUCCGUGACAGGGCCAGGAGGAAAACAGACUACACUAGAGAAUGGUCAGCCUGGAGCUCGAGAACCAUCUACUGAAGUAAACGGACCAGAAGGUAAGGACACCACACCGAGAUCUGGUGGCACAGAACCUUCUGGGACAGGAAAAGGAAGUAAGCAUAAUACACCAACUGUAACUGGACGUGGUAGUCAAGAAGUUUCUGCGACGGAACCAGGAGUGGAACAGACUACACCAAAAUCUGCUGAAUCUGAGAGCGCAAAAUCUUCUCCUACGACAAUGGCAGAGACCACAUCAAAGUCUGGUCAGCCUGAAAGCCGAGAACCUUCCACUGUAAGACCCAUUCCAGAAGGGAAAGAUACUACGCCAAAGUCUGGUGGUACAGAACCUCCUGGUACAGGAUCGGGAGAACAGACCACACCGAAGUCUGCAAGUGGAGAAACUUCCACUGAAGGACCCAUUCCAGAAGGGAAAGAUACUACGCCAAAGUCUGGUGAAGGGAAAGAUACUACGCCAAAGUCUGGUGGUACAGAACCUCCUGGCACAGGAUCGGGAGAACAGACCACACCGAAGUCUGCAAGUGGAGAAACUUCCACUGUAAGACCCAUUCCAGAAGGGAAAGAUACUACGCCAAAGUCUGGUGGUACAGAACCUCCUGGCACAGGAUCGGGAGAAGAACAAACCACACCGAAGUCUGCAAGUGGAGAAACUUCCACUGAAGGACCCAUUCCAGAAGGGAAAGAUACUACGCCAAAGUCUGGUGGUACAGAACCUCCUGGCACAGGAUCGGGAGAACAGACCACACCGAAGUCUGCAAGUGGAGAAACUUCCACUGAAGGACCCAUUCCAGAAGGGAAAGAUACUACGCCAAAGUCUGGUGGUACAGAACCUCCUGGCACAGGAUCGGGAGAACAGACCACACCGAAGUCUGCAAGUGGAGAAACUUCCACUGUAAGACCCAUUCCAGAAGGGAAAGAUACUACGCCAAAGUCUGGUGAAGGGAAAGAUACUACGCCAAAGUCUGGUGGUACAGAACCUCCUGGCACAGGAUCGGGAGAACAGACCACACCGAAGUCUGCAAGUGGAGAAACUUCCACUGAGGACCCAUUCCAGAAGGGAAAGAUACUACGCCAAAGUCUGGUGGUACAGAACCUCCUGGUACAGGAUCGGGAGAACAGACCACACCGAAGUCUGCAAGUGGAGAAACUUCCACUGAAAGACCCAUUCCAAAGGGAAGAUACUACACCAAAAAGGGAAAGAUACUACGCCAAAGUCUGGUGGUACAGAACCUCCUGGCACAGGAUCGGAGAAGAACAAACCACACCGAAGUCUGCAAGUGGAGAAACUUCCACUGAAGGACCCAUUCCAGAAGGGAAAGAUACUACGCCAAAGUCUGGUGGUACAGAACCUCCUGGCACAGGAUCGGGAGAACAGACCACACCGAAGUCUGCAAGUGGAGAAACUUCCACUGAAGGACCCAUUCCAGAAGGGAAAGAUACUACGCCAAAGUCUGGUGGUACAGAACCUCCUGGCACAGGAUCGGGAGAAGAACAAACUACACCGAAGUCUGCAAGUGGAGAAACUUCCACUGAAGGACCCAUUCCAGAAGGGAAAGAUACUACGCCAAAGUCUGGUGGUACAGAACCUCCUGGCACAGGAUCGGGAGAAGAACAAACCACACCGAAGUCUGCAAGUGGAGAAACUUCCACUGUAAGACCCAUUCCAGAAGGGAAAGAUACUACGCCAAAGUCUGGUGGUACAGAACCUCCUGGCACAGGAUCGGGAGAAGAACAAACCACACCGAAGUCUGCAAGUGGAGAAACUUCCACUGAAGGACCCAUUCCAGAAGGGAAAGAUACUACGCCAAAGUCUGGUGGUACACAAUCUCCUAGCACAGGAUCGGGAGAAGAACAAACCACACCGAAGUCUGCAAGUGGAGAAACUUCCACUGUAAGACCCAUUCCAGAAGGGAAAGAUACUACGCCAAAGUCUGGUGGUACAGAACCUCCUGGCACAGGAUCGGGAGAACAGACCACACCGAAGUCUGCAAGUGGAGAAACUUCCACUGUAAGACCCAUUCCAGAAGGGAAAGAUACUACGCCAAAGUCUGGUGGGAAAGAUACUACGAAAGUCUGGUGGUACAAACCUCCUGGCACAGGACGGGAAAAAAACACACCGAAGUCUGCAAGUGGAGAAACUUCCACUGUAGGACCCAUUCCAGAAGGGAAAGAUACUACGCCAAAGUCUGGUGGUACAGAACCUCCUGGCACAGGAUCGGGAGAAGAACAGACCACACCGAAGUCUGCAAGUGGAGAAACUUCCACUGUAAGACCCAUUCCAGAAGGGAAAGAUACUACGCCAAAGUCUGGUGGUACAGAACCUCCUGGCACAGGAUCGGGAGAAGAACAAACCACACCGAAGUCUGCAAGUGGAGAAACUUCCACUGUAAGACCCAUUCCAGAAGGGAAAGAUACUACACCAAAGUCUGGUGGUCCAGAAACUUCAGUGACAGGACCAGCUGAAGAACAGACCACACCAAAGUCCGGUGAUACUGAGAACCUCCAAUCUUCUCCGACGGGUGGACAGACUACAGCAGGGACUGUUCAUCUCGAAAGUCGAGAGCCUUCUAUUGAAGAUCUCGGACCAAGAAGAGAGGGAACAACACCAAAAAAUGCAAAGAAGGAGGAAAUUACACCGAAGUCUGGUGGUGCAGAACCGUCUGUGACAGGACCAGGGAUAAAACAAACCACACCAAAAUCUACUCUAACUGAGGAAUCAGAAUCUUCUCCUACGGCAAUAGUAGGGACCACAUCAAAGUCUGGUCACCCUGAUAGCCAAGAAUCUUCUACUCGUACACCCAUUCCAGAAGGGGAGGAGACUACACCAAAGUCUGGUGGUCCAGAAACUUCUGUGACAAGACCAAGUGAAGAACAGACCACAUUAAAGUCCGGUGAUGCUGGGGACCUCCAAUCUUCUCCGACGGGAGAACAGACUACACCAAGGACUGUUCGUCCUGGAAGUCGAGAGCCUUCUGCUGAAGGUCUCGGACCGGGAGGAGAGGAGACAACACGAAGUACUAAGGGGGAAGAGAAAACUACACCAAAGUCUGGUGGUGGAAAACCUUCUGUGGCAGUACCAGGAGAAGAGAUUACACCACAUCCUGGUCCGCCUGAAAACAGAAAACCUUCUACUGAAGAACCCAGUCCAGAAGGAAAGGACACUAUACCACCGUCUAGUGGUACAGAACCUCUAAUGACAGUGUCAACAGAACAAACCACACCCGAGUCAGGUGGACCUGGUGGUAAAGAACAUUCCGUGACAGGGUCAGCACGAAAACAGAUUACACCAGAGCCUGAUCAGCCUGAAAGUCGAGAACCUUCUAGUGAAGGACCCGGUACACGAGGAAAGGGCAGUACAUCAAAGUCUGGUAGUCCAGAGCCUUCUGUUACAGGGCCAGGUGAAGAACCGACCACACCGAAGGCAGGUGGACCUGGUGGUAAACAACUUUCCGUGACAGAGCCAGGAAGAAAACAGACUACACCAGAGCCUGGUCAGCCUGAAAGUCGAGAACAUCCUAGUGAAGGGCCUGGAACGAGAAGAGGAGAGACGACACCAAAGAGACUAGGUGAGGGGAAAACUACAUCCAAGCCUGCUGGUACGGAUCAUUCCACGACAUGGCAAGGAAGAGAACAGGUUACACCUGAGCCUGAUCAGCCAGCAGGUCGAGAACCUUCUACUGAAGGACCCGGAUCAGAAGUGGAGAAGACUACACCAAAGUCUAAUGGUGUAGAACCUUUUGUGACAGGAAAAGGAAGUAAGGAUAAUAUACCAAUGGUAACUGGACCUGGUGGUCAAGAAGUUUCUGUGACAGGGCCAGGAAUGGAACAGACAACACUAUCUGCUGAAACUGAGAGUAUGGAGCCUUCUUCUAUAGUAGAAGAACAAACCACACCAAAGCCUGGCCAUCUUGAAAGUCGAGAACCUUCUACUGGAGCACGCGUACCAACAGUGGAGGAGACAACAGCAAAGUUUGGUAAGGAGGAGCCAACUACACUUAAUUCUGAUGGACCGCAGCCCUCCGUGACAGUAACAAAAAAUCAACAGACCACACUAAAGCCUAAAAACCAAAAAUCUUCUACUGAAGAGCCCGGAGCAGGAGAGAAGCAGAUUACAACAAAAUCUGGUGGACCCGGUGGUCCAAAACUAUCUCCAACGGAAUCAGGUGGAGAAAAAACUACACCAGAGACACGUAGCCCUGAAACCCGGAAACCUUUUACUGAAGGUCUCAGACGCGAGGAGGAGACAACUCCAAAGUCUGGUAAACAGGCCCGUUCAGAGACAGUGCCAAGAGGAGAUCAGACCACACCAAACUCUGAUCAGUCUGAAAAUCGAAGGUCAUCAACUGAAACUCUUGGACCAAGAGGAAAGCAGACUAAACCAAAGUCUGCAGGUCCAGAGGCUUCUGUGACAGCACCAGGACAAGAACUAACUACGCCAAGGACAGAAGAAAUAGGUGCUCAAAAAACUCCGGUGACAGAACAAAGAGGAGAGCAAACUACACCAAGUCCUGACCAAUCUAACGGUCAGAAUACUCUAACAAGGUCUGGUCUAACAAAGACAUCAAUACCACCAAACAGUAGGUUAGAGUCUACCGUUAUUAUUGAGAGCUCGACACACUUUGAAACUUCUCCAGUAACACAAAAUUCUCCUGCAACCAACCCGCUAGUAAUAGUCGAUGGUGAAAUGAAUCCUGAACUCAUAAAUUCAGAUGGUCAAAGACCAUCCUCUCGAUCUCCGUCAAAUGAAGAGUCUGAAAUUAGCACAACACCAGCGUCGAAGCUUCCUGCGACUCAACAUCUUUUAUCCACUAGUGCAACUAAAGCAGGACUUGAUACAACAACUCCUCGACAGCCCACUUUAAUUAGUAGCUCUCCAAAUGACCUCGAUAUGAAAGCGGAAGUCACUCCUUCUGAGAAAGAAACACAAAAUUCUUUCAGCCCUCCUUCUCUUCCUACAUUUUCCCCCAGAGAAGCUAUAAGAACAUCAGGAACGGUCCCUUCGGGAAGUCAACAACAACUGUUUUCGACUCAGCCCAUCUCUAAUACCGGAUCGACAAAGAAGUUCGACAGAACAGAUAUUUUAGAACGUCAGUCGGACACCACCGCAUUCACGUUUGUUACAAACCCCAUAGAAAUAUCCAAAACUACACUGAAUUCAAUAUCAAGCGAAGGUCCAUCAUUUUCUGUGCAUACCACAACUGAAUCUUCCACAGCGAUCUUCCCAACGGAACUACACCCGAGUUCCUCAGAUUCGCCUAUAAACAAGGCAAUACCUGUGCAGAAAUUCAACACUACAACAAUAUCUGAUUCAAGUGAAAGCACACGUACACCAUCUUCUAAGUUCUUUACGAAGUCUCUUGGGAAAUUCAACAACACAAGUAUUCCUCCAAAACACUCAGAGGGUUCUACUUCUCUUCCAACUACCAUAGUACUCCCUAAUAACCACACUAACAUUUCAAGAUCCACCCAAACUCAAGGUCCAGAUAUGACAUCUUCCCCACAGCAAAAUUUGGCUACCUCAACUAUCGAGAGAACGGAUGUGACAGAAGAAGCUAAUAUUUCAAGUGAAUUCUCGACAAUAUCUCUCAGUACAACUACAGAAGCUGCAAGUUCUCAAAGCUCAAGUACAGGAUCUAUCAAACUGACUAGUCACCAACAGUUUUUCACAGGUUCACAAACUACUACUAGAAUGCACCUAGUCAAAGUAGAUGGCAGCAUGAAUCCUGGACUGAAAACACCAGUCGGGACCGAUACGUCAGAAUUCCCAGCGACAAAGACUGAUACAUCUAUCUCGUUUACAGAGCCUUCCGCAACGCUUUCCACAAUAAUUCCUUCUGGUAUACAAACUUCCACAUUAAAUCCAACGGUUGGGUUUAGUACACCUCAUUCGCAAACGCCCUCCGAUGUGUCAGUAACUAAGCCCGACAAUUCAAAUAGCGAGAAUCAAAAAAUUCAAGCCCCACCUAAAACAAGAAAUGAUGGAGAGCAACCAAACGUCAGUCAUAGUAAAGUUCCUGUAGAUGCCUCAACAUUCACUAGCUCAACAAUCACGUCUUUGCCGACAUUGUCAUGGGAACAUACAUCACCAACAUCCGAGUUUAUGUCUAGUCCAGCAUCUCUUUUCAUUCCUGACAGGGAGCCUAUUCCCUCUAAAGUAUCACCACAGCCACCAUCUCAUACGCUAUUCUCUUCUCCGAGCACCGCAUUCCCGCCAUCUUCACUACCAACCACCUUGCACCCAGCCGAAUUUGAACUCACUACUGCACCUCCUACUGCACAUUCAUCCCCACCACAACCAUCUUCUUUCACCGAUGCACCGACCAAUACACAUAUCACGUCAUCUGUUGAUCAGGGUAUUAAUCCUCCUGAUGUUACAGAAAACGGACUCAAGGCGACCACAGAGGAUGAUUUAUCUGUAGUUGUCGAAUCUUUCGAAUCAACCACAGGGUCUCCAAACGAUCUACCACAACAAAAGCAAGGAAGAUGUUCGGCGUCCGAUCGAACAAUGUGCCAUGAGCUGGCUAUUUGUGAGAUUGCUACAGGAGCCUGCCGUUGUAAAGAUGGAUUCACUGGCGAUGGAUAUAACAACUGCACAAAAUUCUCUCGUCCAGACUGUAUCACAGAAUCGACACUUUGUCACCCGAAUGCCAUUUGUGAUCAGCACACUCGACAAUGUUCCUGUCGUACGGGGUAUAUUGGGGACGGAUACGUGUGCAAUCCAGACCCACAGGACUGCAUCAUACGCAAAGACCUGUGUAGUCCUGAAGCGAUUUGCGCCGGAAGACGUUGCAAAUGUGUAGACGGAUUCACAGGGGAUGGUAUUAAAUGUGUGUCUCUUUAUCAACGAUCAGUGAACUGUUCUGAAUGUGAUGUGAACGCCUACUGCAGUGAUGGAAUGUGCAGAUGCAAAACAGGAUACUUUGGAAAUGGUCUGUGUUGCGUACCAGAUCCACGCGACUGUGUACACUUUCCGGGUGUUUGCAAUCCGGAUGCCACUUGUGAUAGAGACGAACGACAAUGUAAAUGCAACGCAGGUUUCCUUGGCGAUGGAAUUUCAUGUUUCCCUGUUCGUUCCUGCCGUUCUGAUCCAAAUGUCUGUCAUGAAAACGGAAUUUGUUUACCUUCUGGACAGUGCAUCUGUAAACAUGGAUAUCGUGGAAACGGUUACGAAUGCAACAAAAUUACUCUGUUGCUUCGACAUGAAGUCUCACCAGUAACUAAUCCAUGUGCCGAUAAAUGCGAUGAGGAUACGGAAUUAUGUAUCGACGGUCAAUGUAUUUGUAAACACGGUUUUGAGAGGCAGACCAGUGAAAAGUGUGAAGAUGUUAACGAGUGCUUCUUCACGCCGUGUCAUCAUAUGGCUACAUGCACAAACACUCCCGGUUCCUUCAUUUGCACUUGUCCGGACGGUUAUGCAGGCGACGGAAAAACUUGCAUACAACAUCUAAAGAUCGGAGAGCUCGGAGUAUUCUGUGAACCUGACGGUAUGACGCUUGUGCUUGGAAAUGAGACCACCGCCUUCGAGGGAAGGAUCUUUGUCAGGGGACAAGCUGAGAAUCCACACUGUGCGAAGACGUUCUCCUCUCUACAACACGCUUCCAAACCAUACAUGUUCAAAGUACCGUUUGAGCACUGUAACGUUCGACUUGAAGAUCAUGAUACAUUUGCAACUACUGUCAUCGUCCAAAAACAUCCUAUGUUCAUAACAACAGCGGCAGAUGCCUACGAUUUGAGAUGCACGUACCCUGUUGGGGUAAGAGAGGUGGAAUCUCAUGUAAACGUUUCCGAACUGACGACAUCUUCCACUCUGACCGAUAACGCACAUGGACCCAGCUGCAAGUUGACUGUCACCAACGAAGCUGACGAAAACAUUGCUGCAGCUGUUGUUGGACAGGCUCUGCGUCUCCGACUUGAAGUCUCACCUAACGAGACCUACUCUAUUCUGCCUCGUAACUGCUUCGCCAUAAACAUUGAGACCGGUGAACGAUAUUCGCUAACAGAUAAGGCUGGAUGCGCAAUUGAUGAUCAAUUGUUCCCUGAGUGGACGCGAGUCCGUCCGAGUAUGACUGAAGCAGUGUUUAGGACUUUCAAAUGGCCUGACAGUUCAAUGAUUCGCUUCCAAUGUGACUGCAGUGCAUGUGUUGGACAGUGCCCUGAAAUGAAUUGCGGAAGAAGGAGAGAUGCAGCUAUGCGAAAAUUCCGUUUCCGACGUGUUCGCCACAUCAAAAAUGGGACGCAAAUUGACGAACGACUCACUGAAAGCGAUUAUGAUGAAGACGAAGAAGAAAAAGAGCUUCUUAGAAAGAUCAUCGAUCCAAAACGAUUGGCAUUCUCGUCGUUAGUCAAAGUUCGUGAGGACGACGAAGAGGCACGUGCACAGGAACAAGUCGAUCACUGGAGGAAUGGUAUAUCCGCUCAACAAGACGUUAUCAGGGAGCCUCGCGAUGAUGCAUUCGUCUGUGUACGCACUGUUCUCGUGUUAGGCAUGUCCGUAAUGACGUGCCUCUGCCUUGGAGUGCUGAUCUAUUCGUGCAUCCGGCGACGGAGGUGCAAGCUGGCAACAUCUGUGCAGGGCUCAAUCGCGUUCUAG